AUGCAUCACAAGAUUUCUGGUGCACUGUCUCAGCAGGUGGAGCAGAUUACAAGCUUUAAAAGGGAUCAAUUUCCAUUAAAAUACUUGGGAUGCCCUAUAUUUCAUUCAAGGAGGAAAAAGGUAUAUUACAAUGACCUUAUCAAGAAGGUGAAAAAAAAGCUGCAAAAUUGGAAAGGAAAAUUGCUCGCUUUUGGUCGAAAAUCAGUUCUUAUCAAUAGUGUGCUUCAGAGUAUUCCAAUAUACAUGCUGUCAGCUGUUGUUCCCACAAAAUAUACCAUUAAUGAGCUUCAUAAAAUCUUUGCAAGGUUUUACUGGAGUACUAAGGAAGAAGGUAGAAGCAGGCAUUGGUCCUCUUGGGACAAGAAGAAGAAGCUUACAGAAGUGCAGUGGAAAGGUGGAUCACAAGUGUGGAAAAGAAUGAUAGAAACAAGGGAUCAAGUGGAUCAACAGAUAUGGUGGGAACCUAGAAAUGGAGCAUGUGAUGUAUGGGAAGAUAAUUGGACUAAACUUGGUUCACUCAAACAGGUAAUACCACCAGAUUUUCAGAUUGACAACAACAUUGAAGAAGUAUCACACUUUAUGAAUGCAGAAGGCUGGGAUGUACAGAAACUGCAUAACAAACUGCCAAGUAAUGUGUGUGAUCAUAUCCUACAAGAGUUGAGUAUAGUGGAGCAUUCAGAGGAGAAAGAUAAAGCUCGGUGGAUGGCUAGUACUACAGGAAAUUUCACUGUAGGGAGUGCUUGGAAUUUUCUCAGGAAAAAGGCUCAAACAUCAGCUCACUUUUCAAAAUUGUGGUUCAAAGGAGUUCCAUUCAAAAUAUCAUUCUUCCUUUUGAGAUUGUGGAAGUUAAAAAUACCAGUGGAUGAUGUACUAAAGAGAAUGAAUAUCAGUAUUGUAUCUAGAUGUAGAUGCUAUUCAUCAGACAAUAGUGCAAUGGUGGUAUAUGCAAGGUCCUACAAAACUAAAGUCAGUUAUGCAGGCUGCACCAGCAUUCAUAUGCUGGCAAAUAUGGAAGAGAAGAAAUACUAUCAUGCAUGGGGGUUAGAUGAAUAUAAUAAAGAUGGGGCCUCUAGGGGUAAUCCAGGGUUGAGUUCUGCUGCUUUCUGCAUUAGAGAUGAGGUUGGAAACCUGAUAUAUGCUGGGGCAAGAAGAAUAGCUGAUACAACUAACAUCACAGCAGAAUCUGUAGCUAUAUUGGAUGGAAUUGAGUUCUGUAUUAAAAAUGAUCUGGUGCCUGUAAUGAUUGAAUCAGAUUCUCUGUCCAUGAUAAACAUUAUUCAAGGAAUAUGGGAGAUUCCAUGGAAGAUCAGUACAGUUCAUUUUCAUUCAUAUGCUGAGUUGCCAACAAGUACAAAGAAGAUUCUCAAUAGUGAUAAGAUGAUGAUGCCUAAUUUCAGAAGCAAGAUCUACAGAAAUAGAGAACCAGACUGA